GGGAAUGUGAAUUAUUCUAUAUAUAAUAUUUAAAAAGGUCAAUGACCUGUGGAUUGUUAUAUUUUAAACUGUAAAGGAAUUUGCUGAAACAUCGGAUCUGGCCAGUGGGCUCGUACAAGAAAACCCCAUGUUCGGCCUCAUAUCAUUGUCAGUUUCAGUUUUAGACAUUUAAAGUUUUAAACAAUGGGGUGGUUGACCAUAAAAACAAUGGGGAGAAGAAAUAGAUAAGAGAUGGGACUGCAUGUAGUUUAUAUUUCUUAAGAUAAAAGUUUUCUUUACACCAAAAAAGAGAAGAUAAAGCUUUCUACUUCGAAAAUAAUAAGAGGUUACAAGAUAUUGACAAAUCUUACUAUUGAGUAGGAUUAUUUGACGGUGCUUUUGUUUGCAGUUAGAUGUUCUACGUGAGAAAAUAAAAGAAAUAACGUGUGGCAUUAGGAUUAAUAUGAUUGUAGCAUCGAGUCACAACCACAUGGCACAACAUGAUAUCUCAUGACCACAUGACCACAUGGCAUAAUCUGAGUUGGUAAUUAAAAAAUAAGAAAAAUAAAGCAAUAUUUGAAAGAAAAAAAAACAAUCAUUUGCAUAGUUGGAGGUUUUGACCCAAAAAGCAAAACUUGUUUUAAGAUUCAAACCCCACAUUCUCCUUCCAUUUAACUGUCUUUUUCUUCUUCUUUCUCUUCUUCAACACAAUACAGACAUAAGAAGAUGGGGGAAAGACACGCAUGUUCUGUACUUGCAUAUGUGUUACUGUUAAUGUAUAUGUCGUCUCAAGUCGAGUGCAGCAACCAAGUGCACGCCCUGAGCCGCCUCUACCUUUCAAAGCGAGGGGUUGGUUCCUCCGUGAACACAACCCAUUUCAAGGCGGUUAAAAACUUGAAACCGUCUUCGUCCCCUAAUGUUGUUAACCAAAAGGAGUUAAGAAAGAGAGAUCUUAUACGGAGAUUGCCCGGGCAACCUCCAGUUGAUUUCGAUCAGUAUGGUGGCUAUGUCACCGUCAACGAAUCCGCGGGACGUUCCUUUUUCUACUAUUUCGUGGAAGCCUCCUCCAACAUUAAGGAUUCUUCUCCUCUGUUUAUAUGGCUCAACGGCGGACCGGGAUGCUCAUCACUAGCGUAUGGAGCAUUACAAGAGCUUGGGCCAUUCAGAGUGCACAGCGACGGCAAAACGCUCUUCAGAAACCGCUAUGCAUGGAACAAUGCUGCGAACGUGUUGUUCUUAGAAUCCCCAGCAGGAGUGGGAUUCUCGUACACCAACACGACAUCCGAUCUCGAGAAGCAUGGGGACAGGAACACGGCAUCCGAUAACUACAUCUUUUUGGUCAAGUGGCUUGAGAGGUUCCCUGAGUUCAAAGGCAGGGACUUGUACAUUGGCGGUGAGAGCUAUGCCGGCCACUAUGUUCCUCAACUAGCCCAUACUAUCCUUGCCCAUCACCCGAAGAGCUUCCUCAAUCUCAAGGGCAUUUUGAUAGGUAACGCGGUGAUCAACGACGAGACCGACUUGAUGGGCAUGUACGACUUUUUCGAGAGUCACGCGCUCAUCUCCGAGGAUUCUUUGCUUCAACUCAAGAAUAACUGCGAUCUCAAGACGGAGUCUGCGAGCGUGAUGACCGAGGAGUGCGCGGUGGUGUCAGACCAAAUCGACAUGAAUACAUAUUAUCUGGACAUCUACAACAUAUACGCUCCCUUGUGCCUCAACUCCACGCUCACUCGCAGGCCCAAGAGAGGAACCACAAUAAGAGACUUCGACCCGUGCAGUGACAAUUACGUGCAGGCCUACCUGAACAGGCAUGAGGUUCAGGUAGCCCUGCACGCGAACGGUACAAAGCUGCCUUAUGAGUGGAUGCCAUGCAGCAGUGUGAUAAAGAAGUGGAACGAUAGUCCCACCACAGUCAUUCCUCUGAUCAAGGAGCUGAUGGGUAAGGGCCUCCGCGUAUGGGUGUUCAGCGGGGAUAUGGACGGGAGAAUCCCGGUUACAUCCACCAAAUAUUCGCUCAAGAAGAUGAAUCUAACUGCCAAAACGGCUUGGCAUCCUUGGUACUUAGAUGGAGAGGUGGGAGGAUACACUGAGGAGUACAAAGGGAAUUUGACUUUUGCAACCGUGAGAGGGGCUGGUCAUCAAGUUCCCAGCUUCCAACCAAAACGUUCUCUUUCACUCUUCAUUCACUUCAUCAAUGACACUCCUCUCCCUGACACCUCUCGUUACUAAGUAUUCACAUCUGAUAUUGUUGAUUUCUUCUUCUAAUUAGCUUUUAUUUAAUCGCACAUCCAUUCUUUAUCUAUUCAGUAACUUUAAAUGUCAAUAUUUUUUUUAAUCACAAGCUCAAAAGAGCAAUUUAUCUGUUUACCAUAUCUAUCGUGCCCACAUGUUCUACACUACUAAGAUGGCACAUUCAGUUGAUCACAUCUUUAGGAGUAUGUAAAAGGAGAUGCAUACCAAGAAGUGAUGAACCUUGACAUCUUUCCAAGCCGAUAAUAUUCGUGAUUUCCCAACAAGCGCUCCUGAAUACCCUUGUAAUAAUUGAAAAGAAGAGAAGCCUCAUGGGCGUAUAUAAAGAAGACUACGUUGGUAAAUCCGAUAGUGACAUAUGAUAUGUAAUAAAAAGCUGUUAGUGUUUCUUUCUUCGCGAAGAAGUAAGAGCAUCAUUAUCCAAAGUUUCUUAGGGCGGGAUUCUUAAGAGAAUAUAAGAAACCGUUUCAGAAUUUCUAACUAAAAAUUUAAGAAACAGUUUUUUUAAGUAACUGUUUCUUAAUUUUUUAGUUAAAAAUUAAAAAAUAAUUUUUUAUAUUUUCCUAAGAACUUCAUCCUAACAAACUCUGGAUAAUAAUGCUCUAAAUAACCGAAAACGGCGACGAGAGAACACUCUUUUGCAAGUUACCAAGUAAAAGUUAAAAUUGUUGCGUAUAUUAUUCUCCCAUUGUGUUCGGUAUCUCUCUAUCCAGAGCUAAAAGCUUUUAGUUAGUUUGUAAUUAAACUAAUAAACAUAUGGACAGAGAGAAAUGGGAGAAGACAUGGUGAAAGAUCCAACACUCCUGCCACUCUCAUCAAAAACGUGGAUAAAGCAGUAAGAAACCGCAUCUCCAGUUUGCGUGUCAUGGAAGUCAGCAAGUAUACCAAAGCCAUGGAAACAUGGUUUUCGGUUAGAUAAAAGAUUUGUCUACCUUUUUUCUUUUAAGAGAACUCUAAACCAUCAAACUCAUGAUGCAUCCAUUGUAAAAACGUUUUUUUCUUGAAUAAAUUUAACAUUAAUUCAAAAAAAAAAAAAGUUAAAUUUGAAGCAAACCGGUUUAAUACCUCAAUCCUCCCAUAAACCUACAUUAAAUCGGUUACCGUCAUUUGUAAGUUCAAAAUCCAAUAACUUAUAUUCCCAAAAGUACAUUUUCGCACCAAAAAAAAACUACUUUGUCCAAGCAUUACAGGAGCCACAUAAAGCAAACCGGAUUUAAAUACCCAAAAACCAACAUUA